UCGGAUAGAAUGUUAUCAGGAAACUUCAACUCACGACUACGUUAUACACUGAAAGCAAAGUCACAGCCGGAGUGACUAGUCAAAAGCAAAUGCAGACUCCUCCACAGCACCUGCAGAUUGCAUUUCUAGAUUUUGAGAUAUGGAUCAAUUGGAAAAAUCAGGCCAUAAAAUGAAAAUGAAGCUUUUGCAAGACCUUCUAAAGUGUAACAUAUGCCUUGAGACGUUAUCAAAUCCUAAGAUUUUACAAUGUCAUCAUUUUUUCUGCUCCACGUGCAUUCAAAGUCAUCAUGAAAACUCACAAGAGGGGAACCAGGCGUUUUGUCCGAUUUGUCGACGCCCUUUUGUUCUGGAUUUUUCUGGAGCCGAAGAUCUUCCACCGUGCCAUUUUGUUAAUGAAUUGCUGGAAAAAUUUUCAAAAGAACCUAAUCUUAAGACCAACACUGAAAUUGAAAGGAAUUGUCAAGGACUGUGUUUGAAAAGGAAAUCAAAGGUGAAGGCAACGUUUUCUUGUCCUCCAUGUGGAAUUGAUCUGUGUGAGGUUUGUUUAGAAGCUCACCAAUUUUUUAAUGCUCAUCAUAAAAUUGUUGAUGUUGAAGAUUACCAGAGGCCGAUUAUGAUUCAGUCACCAGAAAUGGAAGACGAAAACUUACUAUGUGAUCAGCAUACAGAUCACAAUCUUUCUGAGCUAUGUCUUGAUUGCAAAGCUGUUUUAUGUCAGGUUUGUAAAAAAAAACACCAUGAUCACAAUUGUAUUUCAUUGGAAGACAUAAAAAGUGAAGCUCAAAUGAUGAGAAAUAUGCUGCGCAGGAUAAAAAGUGAUUUAGAAAGAAGGAGGGAAGAUGUAACAACUUUUGAAUUCUUUCUGAAAACCAGCGAAACAAAGGCAAUUAAAAGAAUACAAAGUACUCAUAAAGAAAUAAAGGAACGAAUAGAUACUCAAAAAACAGAAUCUGAAGAAAAAUUGAAGUUGCAUUCCGAAAGUUUAACCAUUGAAAUUGCUGAAUCUCUCACCAAAAUAGACACUAAUUCAAAAUCAGUUGAGAGCAUUCUGGAACUCAUUCACACCCUUCUUGCGUUUGGAAAUGACAGAUGCUUUUUGAUGUACUGGCAAAACAUUCAUGAUAGAUAUCAAAGCAUAGACUUGGAAAACGUAGAAUUGCCAAAUGUUGAAUCCAAAGAUAUUAUUCGCUUCAACCCAACAGAUCUUGAGAAGUUGUCAAUCGGGUAUCUCACCCCUGCGAAACCAGACAUUGAAUGGAUGAACAAGGAUCAAAAUCAAGAUGAAGAAGAAAGGGAAGAUGAAAAAGAAAUUGAAGACUACACGGAUUGCAUGAUAAAUACGGCACAUAUGUUACGAGGAUCACACCUGUAUAGUUUUCUUCCCCAAAAACCGUUAAAUCCCGUUAACAGCAAAAGACAUGCACUGCGAGUAUUACCAAAGCCACCAAAACUGAAAACUGUUAUUGAACAAAAAACACCAGUACCUCAUUUUCAUGGAGAGCACAACACCUACUUAAGCUUAUUGACCGAACAAGGUUAG